GAGAGAGAGGGAGAGACCAAAACAUACAGUGAAGGGAGGGGAAGAGGGCGAGUCCAGAGAGAGAGUGAGCACAACUCGGUGAGCAGGAGAGUCUUAGGUUACAGGAGCACUGUAAGGCAGGUUCCAGAAGAGCGGCGCAAGACGGUCGAUAUAUAUUCCACCCGCAGCCCGUGGCGCCUCGGGCUUUGGCCUCCACAGAGGCCGGGGCCUCCACAGAGGCCGGGGCCGUCAGCCACGACUCAGCUAGCAUGGGACAGAGCGCCAGCGCUCAGACAGCAGCCCAGCAACCAGCGCUACACAACCACACCGGCGAUGAAGUGGACUUGCAGCGCGGUUCCACCGGGAGCGUGGGGGGCAACUCUGGGGGCAGCAGCAGCCCCCCGUCCAAGCGCAAGGGCAAGUUCACCACCUUCGGCAACAUCUUCAAGCCCUGGAAGUGGAGGAAGAAGAAGGCCAGCGAGAAGUUCACGGAAACCUCUAUAGUUUUGGAGAGGAAGAUCUCCAUGAGAAGACCCAGACAGGAGCUGAUCGAAAGAGGGGUGCUGAGAGAGAUCCCCGAAAAUGAGAUCAACGACGUGAACCGCGCCAAAGCCCCCCUGCCCAAGAACGGCCACGGCCCCGCCUUAGACGUGGACCACAUCUCUCUGUCGGGGAGGCGCGUGUCCCAGGGGGGGGACGCCCCCUCCUCCGACUCCAGGUCCAGCCUGAACCCCACCUGGCUGCCCCAGGUCGACGAGCGCCACAGCAGCUUCUCCGCCGGCGACCUGCGGGGCAGGGUGUCGUCAGACGCCUCGCGGAGCAGCCGCGCCCCGCUGGACGUGGACUCCCAUGCCCGCCUGCCGGCCGAGGCGGACCGGCGCGUCCGCCUGCCCUCGGACCAGGAGAAGCGAGGGGGCGCCCAGGACGAGGGCCGGUACCGGCGGGACGACAGGAGAGACAAGGACGACAGGAGAGACAAGGACGACAGGAGAGACAAGGACGACAGGAGAGACAAGGACGACAGGAGAGACAAGGAGGAGCGGAGAGACAAGGAGGAGAGGAGAGACCCACAGGAGAGGAAAGACCCCCGCGACGAGAGGGAGGAGCGAGGCCGGAGGGAGGAGAGGGAGGACCGAGAGAGGAGGGAGCGGGAGCGACGAGACGACAGGGAGCGCGAGGGAGGGGACAGGAAGGAGGAGAAGGAGCGCCGAGAGAGGAGGGACGACCGGGCGGAGAGGGAAGAGAGGGAGCGGAGAGACCGCGACGAGCGCGAGAGGAGGGAGGAGCGGGAGAGGGCGGACGACAGAGAGAGGAGAGAGAGCAGGCCCGAGGACAGAGAGAGGAGGGUCGACAAGGUCCGGAGAGACGACCGGAGAGAGGAGAGGAGGGACGACCGUGGGGAAAAGAGAACUGAGUGGGAGAGACCGGAAGAGAGGGAGAGGAAGGAAGACAGAGAAAGGAGGGAGGAGAGGGAUAGGAAGGAGGAGAGGGAAAGGAGAGAGGAGAAGGAAAGGAGAGAGGAGAGGGAAAGGAGAGAGGAGAAGGAAAGGAGAGAUGAGAAGGAAAGGAGAGAGGAUAGGGAGAGGAAGGAAGCUCGCGAGGGAAGGCCGGAUCCUAAAAGAGCCGUGGAGGAGGUCCGCCCUCCAGCCAGGCCCCACUUUGAGACUGAGGCUCGGCCCGGCCCAGUCUUGUACCAAGACCACAAGAAGCCUCGUCCCAUCUCCGAGAUGACAGGCACGGCCUCGCUCACCAGGAACAUCACACCCGACUUGUUCCGACCACGCACAGGGUCUGUCGGUGCCCGGUUUGCCCCCGAGUCUGCACGCGACUCUCACAGAGAGCCGCCCCCCCACAAACAGGCCAUGCUGCCCCCCAAGAAGCCUGCUGCUCUCUCCCUCGAGCCCGCCCCUCCCUCCUCCUCCUCUGCUGUACCAGUGGCCAAGCCCCCUAGGACCGUCUCCCUGAUGGGCGACGACCCUCCACGCCCCGCCUCCGCCACCCCCCCCCGCCGGCGAGUCAGCGCCCCCCCUCCCGUGCCCCCCCACGCCAAACAGCCCCCCGUCCCCCCGCCCAAGCCCAGCAACCGCAACAGCAACCCCGCACUGCUUGCCGAGCUGUCUCAGCCCUCCAGUGGAGUCAUCGUGGUACCUGCCCCCGCCAAGCGCUCUCCACCCACCCCGCCCAAGAGGAUGACACCCGUCACCAAGCGCCAAUCGGAGGAGUCGCUGCCUCCGCCCUCCCAAGCCCCAGCCCCAACCCCAGCCUCGGGGGCCGCCUCCGGCCCCAACCCCACAGUCUCUAUCACCCUGCCAACUGCUGCUCCGGCAGGGCCCGGUCCUGACAACAGCAGCUCGGACGCGACCUCCCCGCCCCCAGCACACAUACCCCCGUCACCUCCCCACAGCCUGCCGCUGCCCGCCCCCGCCCCACAGCUGAGGGAACCUCCGGCGCCCAGCACGGAUCCCCCCAGCCACCCUCCCAACAUCCCCCUGCACCUCUUGAUCCAGCAGGCCCUGAACAACAGCCCCAGGCCGUCCCCGGCCAACCCAGGGAGCUCGCAGAGGGCCCACUCCCUGCUGUUCGAGUCCCCGCCGGAGUUCCUGGUGGAGCACGGGGGCCGCUACUCUCUCCCCGUCACCAUCGAGCCUCUCAGACUACCCGACGACGACGACUUUGACUUGGAGGAGGAGCUGGAGAAGCUGAACCAGGAGCGCGGGACCCCGGGGCCCUGGCAGGCCGAGCUGGAGCCCCGCAGCCGCAGAGGCCUCCUGGUGGACGACCCCCGCGUGUCGGUCAUCCCCGAGGGCCCCGGCGACAGCGACGAGGAGGACGACUCGGAGGAGGAGGAGGCGGAGGAGACCGACUCGGACGGGCCCAUCCUCUACAGAGACGACACGGAUGAAGACGAGGGCGAAGGCCCUCCCAGCGGGCUGGCCAGCCGUGUGAGGAGGAAGGACACGCUGGCGCUGAAGCUGGAGCGCCAGGCCAUGGAGGCCCAGGGUGACCAGGACGGCACCACCUGGCAGAGCCGGGAGCAGUGGGAGGCUCUGAGGAACAAGAUCAGCACCACGCUCACACGGAGGCUGAGCCAGAGGCCUUCACUCGAGGAACUGGAGCAGAGGAACAUUUUCCAAGUGAGCGAAGCGGAUCGACGGGCAGAGAGGAGCGAGAUUAAGCGCAGGCUUACCAAAAAGCUGUCCCAGAGGCCCACGAUAGCAGAGCUGCAGGAAAGGAAGAUCCUGCGCUUCCACGAGUACGUGGAGUGUACCCACGCCAACGACUACGACCGGCGCGCAGACAAGCCCUGGACCAAGCUCACCCCGGCCGACAAGGCCGCCAUCCGCAAGGAACUCAACGAGUUCAAGAGCUCCGAGAUGGAGGUCCACGAGGAGAGCAGGAUCUACACCAGGUUCCACCGGCCUUAGCUGACUGUCCGUGUCCACUUGAGAAUAAGCACUUAGACCGGGGCUUGAGGGGGGGGGGGGCAUGGUGGGGACCCCAGCCCCCUGGCACAGCCCCGUCCGCCUCUCCAAGUACCCUGGGAUGCACACCUCCACGUCUGGACACCUUGGACGAGGGCUGCCGUCCUUCAGCCCAGACACUGCCCGCCCUCGGUACCAAACACCUCCCGUUUGUGGUCCCCUGACUGCCACUCCCACUGCAGACCCUGCUGAGCGUGUCUGCCGCCACAGCAUCAGAGAUAUGCAGAUCAAGCCCCCGAACUGUGAGCAGAAGCAGAGGAGGAAAUAUGGCGGUUCACUGCCAACGGAGAGCUUGCGGUGACUGUUUCACCUGGGCCACGCUGGAUGUUCCCUGUGCCAAUACUGAGGGU